GAUUCCAAAAUACUGUCCGCCAAGCUCUAGAAGCCUUCUCGAGUUCAGUCGUGCAUCCCGUCCACCACAUUGUACUAGAGAGCUGCCAAGAAGAUCCCAAUUUAGAUUCCGCACAGAGGCAUACGAGGUUGUAGGCUACGACUAACACAUCUCACGUUUCACGAACCUGUGCGCAUCCAGUGCUUUCCCGAAGACUUCUGAAUUCCCGCUGGCCAGACCUAAAACUCCUUUAUUUGAACGCUGCUGUGGGCAAUCUUCGCAGUCCUGUCGCCAUCAGUGAACUUCCACAAUCUGAUGUCGCCUGUGCAUGCCCGCUCCUCGUUGUACGCUCCAACAGCAGCUCCACUAUCCCCGCACAUGCAACCCCGCAACAGUAACUUUCCCCAUCAACGGUGCUGUAGACUCUCCACCGUCUCAACAUCCGCUGCUCUUCCUCGUUUUCCUCCAAUCCCUACUACCCGCCCAUCCUUGAUUUCAUGGACCACCGAAAGCCCGGCCAGCUCGCCUUCCUCGGGCAGCAGAAAGGCGCAGCAGGUCCGAUUUUCCCUCAACGGUGCGUCUGUUUGCAGCGGCAGCGGAUUUUCCCGGGGCACGGUAGGCGCUGGUUCCGGCGCCUGUUGCGGUAACAGCAGCCGGCUUCGCACCUCCGCUAUUUUCCGCGUGUCUUCUUCCGCGCAGGCCUUAUCCCCGCUAUCUUCACCCGCUAGUGGGGGAUUUCUAACGGCGGGAAAUAAUGGUGGCGGGGGGGGUAGUCCUGCGCACACGCAGCGCAGCCAGAGAACGGGAAAUGGGAGGACGGGAGUCUCGCAAGGAGGCGCUGGGGCUCCCAACAGGGCUUUUAUUAGAGGCAUGGGGGUAGGACCGGGGCUCAGGAGAGCAGGAGGAAGCGGAGUUGGAAGACGCGGAGGGGCGAGAGAAGUUGGUGGGAGAAGACGAGUGGUGGUGCAAGCUGUGGGGCCUGAGGUAGCCUCGAAUGCGGUUGACGUGAUUGGAUCGCUGGGCCUCGAUACACUCACGUUUCUCGUGGCCACCGUUAUUGUCAUUCCCGCCUUCAAGAGCCUCAAGAUAAGCCCGAUUCUCGGAUUUCUUCUAUCGGGGGUUGCUCUUAACGAGUUGGGGCUCAUUCGGAACAUCACCGACGUGAAGGCGCUGAGCGAGCUCGGGAUCCUCUUCCUGCUGUUUGAAAUGGGCCUGGAGCUCUCCCUCGAGCGUCUCAGAGCACUCGCCAAGUUCGCAUUCGGCAUGGGCCUUCCCCAGGUUCUCCUGACAACCCUGGCCUUCACAUUAUUUGAGCUGCCCAUAGACAAUGCCAUUGGCACCCGCGCGCUCGAGUUCCUCUUUGGGGCCAAAGCCGACCUGGUGAACAUCCGGUCGUUGGAUGAAGCUGUUGUCAUAGGAGCUGCUCUUGCGCUCUCCUCCUCCGCCUUCGUGCUUCAGCUGUUGUCUGAGAAGGGUGAGCUGGCCACUCGCUUUGGGUCGGCGACUCUCGGCAUCUUGCUGCUGCAGGACAUCGCAGUCGUCCCGCUGCUCGUCAUCCUGCCCAUCCUGGAAACCGGGGACUUCACCGACGAUUCCGUCUUUCCGCUGCUCGCCAUGGAGGGAGCCAAGUCGCUGCUGGGGCUCGGGGUGCUGCUUUACACAGGGCGGAUUGCACUUAGACGGCUGUUUGAGUUCGUGGCAGAGUCUCGCAGCUCGGAGGCGUUUAUCGCGCUCUGCCUGUUGACGGUCACGGGCACCGCGCUCAUCACCAGCAAGCUUGGGUUCAGUGACUCGCUGGGAGCAUUCCUGGCAGGGGCGCUGCUAGCAGAGACCAACUACCGCACCCAAGUGGAGGCAGACAUCCGCCCCUUCAGAGGGCUGCUGCUGGGGCUGUUUUUUGUGACCACUGGCAGCUCCAUCGACCUCAAUCUCCUAGCAUCGGAGUGGCCCAACAUCCUGGCUCUCCUGACCGGACUCAUAACCAUCAAGGCGGCUAUCAUCACAGCGCUGGGACCCAGAGUGGGGCUCACUCUGGCCGAGUCGGUUCGGACGGGUCUCCUGCUCUCCCAGGGGGGCGAGUUCGCCUUUGUUGUCUUCGCCCUAGCCAACCAACUUGGCGUCUUGCCGCUGGAGCUCAACCGCCUGCUCAUCAUAGUGGUGGUGCUCUCCAUGGCGCUCACGCCGUUCCUCGACGCCCUGGGGCGCAGAGCAGCGGAGUACAUUGAGGAUAACAUCGAAGCCAAGGCCUCCGCUGCUGCGGGCGCGGGUGGCCUGGGUGGUGGUGCGGCGGCAGCUGCUGCUAGGUUGGGUGCGGGUGGGAACGGGGCGAUGGCUGGAGGGACAUGUGGAGCUGACAGCAGCGGGGAAAGCCAAUCCGGCGGCUCUCACUCGAAUCAUUUCGCGGGGGCGGAGCCAAUAGUCAUUCUGGGGUUCAACCAGAUGGGGCAGGUGCUGGCCAACUUCCUCUCCACGCCGCUUGCAGCCGGAUCUGGGGGGGAUGCGGCUGGCUGGCCCUUCAUCUCCUUCGACCUCAACCCCAAGCGCGUGGGGCUGGGAGCAUCGCUCGGUUUCCCCGUCCUGUAUGGCGACGGCAGCCGCCCGGCAGUGCUGGAAUCGGCCGGCAUUCGCCGCCCAAAGGCCUUCAUGGUCGUCUACUCCAGCCGCACCCGAUCCGUGGCCUCUGUAGAGCGCCUCAAAGAGGCCUUCCCUGGGGUGCCGCUGUACGCGCGGGCCGUGGACGCAGUGCAUCUGUCAGAGCUGAGGCGGGCCGGGGCCACUGAUGUGGUGCUGGAGAGCGCUGAGACCGGUCUCCGCCUCGGCUCCAUGCUCCUGCAGGACAUGGGGGUGAUGCGGGACGAUGUGGUGUUCGUGCGGCGCCUCAUGCGGGAUGCCAUGGACCAGAGGGCGCUCUCCCCCUCCUCCCAGCCCUCCGAUCUCCUCUCUCCCCGCCCUCUCCUCGACACUCUCAAGGAGACGCUUGGCCGGCGAGCCAUUCGGCCCAUCGAGCCCACAGCAGCGUUCAGCAGCAGCGAGCAGCCCAGAGCAGCACCCAGCAGGGGGGGCAGCCUGCCCUUACUUCCGAAAGAAGAAGACGAAUCCACUGCGACUCCCCGUGUUGCACCGGCUGCUUUUGCUGCUGGGACUGCUGAAGAAUCCAGACCUGCUGCUGAGUCUUAUCCUUCUGCUGCUGCUUCAACUGCUUCAGUUCCUGCUGCUGCUGCUGCUGAUGGGGGCAUGGGACGGCAAGAAAGGCUUUCCACAGCUGCUGCUGCCACCACCGCUGCUGCACCUGCCAUGGCUGCUACAGCUGCAGCUGUUGCAACUGCGGCAACAGCUGCCACAACAGUGGGUGUGCUUGUAGCAAGCGAAGCAGGCAGGGCAGCAGAAGGAGCGGGAGGAGAGGGAGAGGAGGAUUCACAAACAGAGAACCAAGUACAGACCCGUGUGAAGGCACGGAGCACAGAGAUCCCCUCCCUCGACUCGCCCAUGGAUCUGGACUCUGUAUCCCUGCUGCUUGCGGACGCGCAGGCUGCAACGGACACCAUGCUCCAGUAUUUCUCAGACGGGGAGGACUUUGUUGACCGGAAACUGGAGCUCGAGGCAAGCCAACAGAGCCAGCUAAGCCAGCAAGGUCAACAGAGUCAACAGAGCACUUCAAGCACAGUGGUGCCGUCGUUGGAUUCACCUGGGGGGAUGGAGGAGGGGUUUGAUGGGGAAGGAUGGCAAUCGGGCAUGGAUCCCAUGCUCGUGUACUUCUCGGAUGGGGAGGACUUCGUCGAUGUGAAGCUGGAGCUUCCACAGACCGGAAAUUUCCCUCGAGACAAGUGAUUAGUAGGUAUGGCACACUGGUGAUUAUCAUUUACUGUUUUAGUAUCACUGUUUGUACCCUUGACUUUGACCACUGCAAGUGCACAUAUCUAUUGACUACGGC